UAUGAGCGAGCAGGAAAGAUGCAAAGAAUGGAAGAGAAGACAGUGAUUGUGCCAGGAAAGCGCUGAAGAUUUCACGGCUGAGUUCUAAGCUUGGUACAUUGCCAAAAGUAAGCUUCGAAGACCACCGUUAGUAGGGACGUUUAAUUUUGUUUUCCGUUAUUCAUAAGAAAGCAAGGCUGUUUAGUGUGUCUCUACCAUCACGAGUUUGAUCUAGCGUAUUUUUUCAAAUUCAAUAUCCUAAACCGUUCAUGUAAAUAUACACAAACAAAAUUAUAGGAAGAAAAUGCAUACUUUAUACGGUGAACACCAAAACUACUAUCGGUACGGAGGGUAUUCUACAUUAGCUGUGAAUACCAUGUACCCUAGUGCUGGUAUGGUAUCAGGGUUUACUGGUCAGAGCCACCCCACCCAGGACCAGUAUACCACGACAAUUAUGAGAACUUCGCCGUAUGGCCCGACUUAUGGCCCUGCUGUACCGCAGGCAACGCAGCCUGCUCCGAAAGACAUGGUCAAACCACCGUACUCUUACAUUGCCCUAAUCGCUAUGGCAAUUCAAAAUUCUCCAGAGAAAAAGAUAACGUUGAACGGAAUUUAUCAGUUUAUAAUGGACCGGUUUCCUUUUUACAGAGAAAAUAAACAAGGAUGGCAAAAUAGUAUUCGACAUAACUUGAGUCUUAACGAGUGUUUUGUGAAAGUUCCGCGAGACGAUAAAAAACCGGGAAAAGGAAGUUAUUGGGCCUUAGAUCCAGACAGUUUAAACAUGUUUGACAACGGUAGCUACUUACGGCGAAGGAAGCGAUUCAAGAAAAAGGACACAGGUCGUCAAAAAUUACCGAUGGAUGUGUCUCAGGAAGAAGGGCAGAAGAAAAAAGAAAUUAAAACUAUACAGAAUGAUAACGACAGAAGCAGUUUACUAGGAAGUAGCUCAGUCGAAUUAGGUGUCGAAAACAAACGAGCUAACCAAGACUCUAGCAACCUGACAAUCCAAACAAAAAUAGCCUUCACUAAGGACAACAUAAACAGUAGCACUGCCAGGGAACCAGUCUCUUAUCUGAAUGGGGAGUGUCGGCAGUCUCAAACCCUCAACAGAUCGUCACCGCAGACAUCAUCAGUUCCACCUUUAUCCACGAUAACUCCCAAAAUUGAGCUUAUGGAUAGUUACGAUUAUCCAGCAUGUAUGCAGCAAAGAGUAAUAAAGUGUAAAUUCGAAGGUAAAUCUGCUUUAACCAACGGUGAGAGACCCCACUCUUCAUUAUUAGAUGCAGUUGUAAACGAUAACCCAGGAACGUCUACGAUGGGAUCUUUUCCCGUAAGUUCACUGAUUGAUACUCAAAAACAUUGUUCCACAUUAGAUAACUUAUCUCCAGAAGAAGUUCGUCGUGAGAGAAUAAAUCCUUGUACCGAUCCUAAUGGACACUGUACUACAGGAAUGUUUUACACUCGUUCCCCAAUGUACUCUGAUCUUCCUUCUUGUAAUAGCUCUUCCAAUGUCGUCAAUUACCAGUGUUCUACGUCUCCCGGGCUUUAUCCUCCAGAAUGCGGCAUGCGACCUGCUGGAAUCUGUCCCGUUGUCGAACACCUCCCCAGCGACGGAAGCCACACAGGUUCCGGCAACAGUACCUGUUCUCUCACAGUGAAUGAGCUAACUAGAAAUUCUUCCUCAUCAGCGGCUCAGAACUAUCGAAACGGGCGUCGUACGAACAGUCCAUCUUCUUCCUGGUACCCUUACAGCACAUCAGGUGACAUAGUGUCUGGCAACUGCUCCUUCAGCACGGACAGACUAUCAGCGGUCAACGGUUUUCAAAGUGUCCGAGACAUAUUUGAGAAUCAGCGGCUCAUUUCUUCCACAGCUCCCGUCAACCCAAGCUGCCAGCUCGGAUUCAGUGGCGCAGGCUUCCAGCACAGGUCGGUGCCGUCACCUUUUUACGACUGUAAUCGGUUUUAAAGAUAUUCAAGCAUAUUCGGGAAAGAAAUAUGUAUAGUAUAAAGACACUUGAAGCGGAAGAACUUUGUAAUGCUAUAUCUAUAAAAUUAUGAUAAAUAAUCACCUGAUCAUUGUAUAUAGUAUUUUGAGCACUGACUCUUUAUGCUGAAACAAUCUUAUCCGUUUCUGUUUUCUUGUGUCUCAAAAGCCAUAUGAAUUCAAUUGUAGCAAUGGAACAACGGUGUGCAUGUUUUGGUGAAACGAUUAUAUCAGCUUCCAUCAAAAGCUCUAUGUUAUAACUAUAUGUAUGUAGAUUUCAAAGUGUGUUUUGUAUAUAUCAUAAA